AACUUUUUAUAUUUUAUAAAUUUGAAAAAUUCUAGCAAUUACUUGAAAAAUAAACAUCUGUGAUUAAGUUUUGUUUGCUUAAAAUUUACCGCCACCGCACAGAGGAGAUAAGUUUACUCAGUUUUAUAAAAUAUGAAAAUCUUUAAUGUAGUAUAAAAUAAUUUUCUGUCUUUGAACGAAAUCUUAUUUGAAGCAAGUUACAGGUUGUAAUAUUUUCUUAAUGAGGAAAUGAGGACUGACAAAAAUGUACUUGAUAGAAAAUUGUUGUAUAUUUGGUCUUUUGUUGGUUUAACCUCAAAAUUAUAUAAAAUAAUAGAGAGUAACAUAUGGAGAGUAACGAGAUGGAUAAAAAUAUUAUUAUAUUGUCAUAUAUAGUUUUUAUUGCACCUUUAUCCAUUGCAUUAUUUUUGUACGGAUUCUUUCCUUUGAUGCAUUGUGAUAACACUAUAGCAACACAAGAUGAUAUACCAAAAUUUAUUGAAAAUACAAGAGUAAAGAUAGAUACAUUGUAUGAACCAAUAGCUAAAAGAUUGAUCGUUCUGAUUAUUGAUGCUUUGAGAUGGGAUUUUAUAGAAGGAUCAGUUGGAAAGAUCGCAAUGCCUAUAACAAGUAGUCUUAUAGUAAAUUCUUCUGCUUAUUUGUUACAAACCAAAGUACAACCACCAACUGUUACAAUGCCUAGAAUAAAGGCAAUUACCACUGGUAUGAUACCAAGUUUUAUUGAUGUAGCUUUAAAUUUUGGAAGUAAACCAGUAACUGGUGAUAGUUUGCUCUAUCAAGCAAAAAAAGCUGGUUAUAAAUCAGUAUUUUAUGGAGAUGACACUUGGAUCACCUUGUUUCCCUCCAUAUUUGACCGUUAUGAUGGCACCACAUCAUUUUUUGUAACAGAUUUUACAGAGGUUGAUGAUAAUGUGACUAGACAUAUACAAGAAGAAUUGUAUAAUAAUAAUGAUUGGUCUAUAAUGAUCCUUCAUUAUUUAGGACUUGAUCAUAUUGGUCAUGUUCAUGGACCAUUUAGUCCAUUAAUCAAAACCAAACUUAAAGAAAUGGAUAAUGUGAUAGCAAAAAUUCAAAUUAAAGUUCAGGAAUGGAAUCAGAAUAAUGAUUCUACUGUAUUUAUUAUCUGUGGGGAUCAUGGGAUGAAAGAUUCUGGUGGUCAUGGUGGUUCAACAGUAUCAGAAACAACUGUACCCUUUGUUAUAAUUGGUACAAAAAACCAUCAAAAUUACAUUAAAGACCCUAUAGAAAUAUCACAAAUAGAUAUUGCAUCUACAUUGUCUGUUAUUUUGGGAGUGCCAAUACCAUACUCUAAUAUAGGAACUAUUUUCUUGGAUGCUUUAUAUGAUUUACCUAUUUCAAAAAAGUUAUUCAUACUUUAUUACAAUUCAAAACAAGUAUUUAAUCACUUUCAAAAGUUAGUUGGUUAUGAAUCUGAAUAUGCAUAUCAUAAAUAUUUGGAAGCAAUAAAGCUUCACAAUGCAUGGUUAAAUACCAAAGAUCAUCCAGAUGAUAUGACAGAUGAUAUUGUACUUUCUUAUAAGACUGCAUUGAAAGGAAUGAAAGAAAUUCUCAUAAGUAGCAUAGUAAAAUAUGAUUUUCAAAUAAUAACAGUAGCCAUAAUUUUCCUAUGUCAAAUUAUUUGUAUUUUAGCAGGAGAAAUAUCUUUUAAAUCAGCAUCAUUGAAAGGUGUCGUAUUUUUCAUUUUCUUAAAUGUGCUUUUAUGGCUAAUAGUCAAUUGUUUUUGCAAGGAGGAAAACACAGCAUUACUUCAUACAAGUAAUUUAAUAAUAACAUCGUGUAUAAUAAUUGUUUUGAUAAUAAAUUCCUACUUGCUUGCUAAUAUUAGAAGUUUCAGCAUUUUUAGGGUCAAGAUAAUUGAAAAUGGGAUAGAAGAGUGGUUUCUUUCAUUUGGAACAUUAAUACACGCAAUUAGCUUUAUUGGUACCAGUUUUGUUGAAGAAGAACAUCAGACUUGGUAUUUCUAUUGGGUUACAGUCCUCAUAUUGCUACUUCACAAUUUUCUCAGAAGAUGUUUUGCAAGAGAAUUCUCACAAUCCCACUAUCAACGAAAUUUAUAUGCACAAAUUAGUAUUAAGCUUUUCUUACUAUUAAUAGGACACAGAAUUCUUAGAAAAUUAAAUAGUACUGGAGAUAAGUAUGCUCAUCUUCCUGAUAUAGCAGGAUUUUUAAUAAAACAAGAAAGCAGAUUGGGUAUGACGAUCGUACUCAUUGCUGGUCUUGCACUUCUGAUAUGGAUCGAUUUUAUUCACGAAAAUAAAACGCACAAAAAGCUAUCGUUAGCGUUGAAUUUCAUAAUUAGUGUAUGCAUUUAUCUUCGUCAUAUGCAUAAUAAUAGGGUUGCCAAAAUACCAUUUUACCCUCCAACUAGAGGAAUAUUUGAAGUACAAAUUUUCUGGUUUUUACUUGUAAUAAACUUGACGAAGUACAUUUAUGACCUUAUCUGUAUAAGAAAAUGCUGUAGUAGAUUUUUUCCAAGAGUUUCGUUGUAUUUUAUUCUACAAAUGUGGAUUAUGGUCGUAGCGAUGCUUCAUCAACCACAUAGCGUAAUACUCUUACCAUUCCAAAUAAUCUUUAGCAGCGUGAUUUACGAGAUAAUUAAAAACGAUAUUACGCAAAAUAGUUGGGUGUUAUUGUAUACCUGGAUUGGGAAUGUAUUUUACUUCUAUCAGGGAAAUUCUAAUAGUUUAGCAACUGUCGAUGUAGCUGCGGGUUACGUUGGUGUACAAUCAUAUAUGCCAUUUAUUAAUGGCUCGUUAUUAAUAAUUAAUACCUACGCAGCACCUCUUUUGUCCUACUUUUUGCUUAUUUACCAUGCGAUCUUACAGCAUCCAUAUAAAUACAUUCACCCAUAUAAACGGAUUAACAAUAAAUAUGGAGGAUACGUAAAAUAACUAUGGUUGGACUGACCACAUAUGUCCAAGGCUCCCUGAUUCGUCGACUAAAUACACCUGUCUUGAACUUUGCAUUGUAUCUUUUGCCUGAUACCCACUCUUAUCUUCUACAUUGUGAUCCUGGUAGCUGACAAAUGUGUAUGAUCAACGUUACUGGUAAUUGGACGUGUUAUCAAUUGGACUGUUCACAGGAUUAUGCGUAUGAUAAAACUGGAUGUAAUUAGCUUGACACUUGGGAGAAUUAGUUCGAGUAAUGCACACAAAAUAGAAAAAUACGAAACAAAUGCAAUACAACAAAACA